CUGUUGGUCGCUAGCAGCAAAUUUAGAUCAAAUCUGAUGGUCGCUAGUAGCAAGUGUAGAUCAAAUCUGAUGGUCGCUAGCAGCAAGUUUAGAUCAAAUCUGAAUAGUAGUUUUAGCAACCGACAUCCUCAUAAGACGGUGUACAAAACUAUAAACUUAUGACACACUGGUGGCCUACGUAACGACGAAGCACCAAGUUCCACCUUUCAACAUCAUAUGUCUCCGAUGAUGAUUGGCGUCAUACACCAGUCAUUUUAUUCCAAAACCCCUGGCAGUUGCUACCAGCAUUUUAUGUGGAAAGACCUAAAAUUGUGCCAAAGAGUUAUAUUACAACAGAUGAAGCAGGAUGCGCUACGAAGAAGCGUUUCCGGCAGCGUUAGCAAAUGUUGACGACACAAAACGUAUGGAAAAGCAAAUACUCUUAUGUUAUCACAAAGAAGCAAAAAUGGUGAGUACAAAUGUUUUGUCUAUUUACAUUAUGACAUUUGUUUCUUCUUGCACCUUCAAAUGCUUCUCAAGUAAACCUACUCUGCAUGUCUUCUCUGUCCAAACUGUUUUGAACCAGAAAAAAUAUUCUUGUGCAAGGUCUCUUUGCAAGAUAUCUUUCUGCUUCAUGUUCUAUUUGCCCAAAACUUUGCAAAACCGUUUGAAAAAUAUAGUACUUGAUUUAGUCAUAGUACCAAUUGGCCGAAUUAACCUUUCCGCUGUUUGUCCGUACGGCUAUAAUUCUUUGAAUAUUCUUAAACCUUUAAUCAUUAAAGGUUAUGCCGAAAACGUUUUAUUUCAAUUUUCGUGGCUACUAUUUUAAUUUUCUUUAUCUAAUCAUCGUCUUCGUAUAUUAAAUACUGAGAAAUACUAGUCAUAUUAUGGCUAUACACCAACAUAUUUAAGACUUCACAAAAUGGUUUAACGGUCUGCUAUCAUCUUCAAAUAGGAGAUUUCGAAUAUUUUAUUAAUUCAAUGCUAACGAAGCCCAAAGCUACAAAUAAAAUAACUUCAUUCAUUAUACACAAUAUUUUCUUCUUCUUUUUUCGAAUCAUUGUAAUAUUAUAAGAACAGUGCGGUUGCCUACAGGAAAGACCGAGCAUGCAAAUAUUUACAUAAAGUUUGAACAAUGAAAAGGGAACUUUUGUAGCUAUCAUAAUAUCUUUCUAUUAAUUGACAAUAUUUAGCGUAAUUUUUUUUAUCGAAAGAAAAAAGAAGGAAUUUUUUUCUUAAUCUUUUCAUAUAAGAAUGCCAUGCUUGUAAACAUAUUUCAAGAGUCAUCAUAAUCUCCGCAGGCAAAUUGCACCGUUCUUUUCAAGAAUACAAUGACAGGAAAUCACUAUUUUCCUAAUUAAUUUAGAUAAUAGUUGCAUGAAGCUGAAUUUUUUUGCCUUAAAGGAUCUUACCAAUGCAACGUUCUGAAGUUUAUUGUUGUACAGGCGAUAAAUGCAUUUAAUAGUCGCGAUAAAAAUAUUGCGAAAAGAGUCAAUCCUUAUUAAAGAGAUGUAAGAAAAGCGAACAUAUCUAUUUAAUCCUCAGUGUUGCUUCAGCUCAUAUGCCAAAUAUACAGGGUACAAGUCGGUGAUCGCGUUUUUAGUUCAAACCAUGUCAUUGAUUAUGCAAGCUUACAGCAUUCCUGUAAACGAUCUAACAAAACCUCAAGCAUUUGUUAAUGACUUUUUUUUAAAAACCGCAACAUUUCUCUUUUGAUUUAGUCUAAUUUUCGUCCCAAAAAGUCUUUUUGAGCUCCCAAAUCUUUUACGUCGUUCUCAAUUACAUAAGAUCGUUUGGAGAUUUUUUCCUUUGAAUUGGAAUAACAUAUUGUAAAUAUGAUUAAGCUCCUGGUUUAUAGUAAUGUUUUGGACACAUAUUUCUCAUAGAUGUUUUAUUUUUGACAAUUGAAUAGAAACGGGUUUAUAGGUUUAACAACAAGAAUUUUCGAAGUCAAUUUGAACUCAAGCAGCUUAGCUUAGGAUGUUUCCGUAAGUUGGAGCAUUUCAUUGCGUUUGUACCAAGGACGACGCGAUCAGAGCUCCUACUAAUCAACUUAUUUGGAGACUUUUCUUUUAUAAAGUACUUGACUUCAGACGUGUCUACCCGUAUUGAGCCUCUCUCUAUAUGUGUUCCCAGUAGUUUGGUAUGAAGUUGCCGGCGAAGAUAUCUGCCCCCUCCAAUGCAAGCAGCUUUUCCUCUCCAAUAAUGGUGUUAAGACCGCGCCCUUUUAUUUCAUGACGUGGUUCUUUUGAAUUUUAUCCUGAUGUUAAUCUUAAACCCUACCAACCCAGGCGGCGCCAUUUCUUCGCGUGCUUUGCUCAGUUUAGAAUAGUAUUUUACCUUGAUUCAUUUUGCAUUAAAAGGAUAUUUUACCAGACUGAUAGUAGGUAAAGGAUUUAGUUCGACAGCGGAGUUAAUAUAUCGCGAGAAUAUGUUGAGUUGAUAACUGGCAAACAUUCAUUGGCGAGAAAUCCAAAACAUUAAUUUUCACCCAACAAUCUUGACGGGUGCGUAGUAGCUGUAACUUGAAGUACAGUAAACAGAAAGCCCAUUAUAAAAAAACAGUUUUCGAGGUUCUAAGCACAACAGCCUUUUUCAUACAUCUCUUCCUCAUUUAUAAUUUGUGCCGUGAUUCAAACGAUGCCGAAACGAAUGGCGGUCACUAAAUGUAAUAAAGGUCUGUGUACAACUACCCCAAAUUAAUCCUUAGGUUUCGUGAAUUUCUUUGUGGUCUUUUGUUGGAGUCACAGUGCAAAGUUGCAGUAAAACUCGCAAUACCACUAGGCAUAAAUGUACUUAAUCUAUAAAUGUCCCACUUUUUAAGAGCUAUUCAAUAUGUUUUCUGCAACUCAAAUCUUGUGGGAACCAUAAUUGCUAAACAGAAGCAACACAGAGCUAUGUUUGUAUAGUUGUAUUCCCAUUGUUCACUUUUCGUCAAUUGCUCAAAAAAAUCUCUGCUGGACCAUCCUUUCCUUAUUUAUGCAUUAUCUUCUAAGCAGAAUUUAUAAAAAUUUCGAGCUGUGUACAACAAUGAAGCGACUCGACCAGCACUGAGUUUCAUAGACACGCCUGGAUUUUCAUUUUUCUCGCUAAUAAAUAAGAAAAGAUGACGCAGUUAAAACCAUACCACGUAGAGUCUUAGUUUUACAGAGUUCCUUUAUCUAGAACACCUGGUGGUCAAAAGAUCCGACUAAACGCUCUACCAUCCUGCCGUCAGAAUAAAGAAAAAGAUGAUAAUUAACAAUGUCUUAAUCAGAAAUGUUUGUUUCGGUUCAUAUCAAAAUAAGCAUGUUUAUGACAAUCUUAAUACGAGCUCAGCCGAAUUUUAGAGUGUCAUUUGAAAUGGCCACUGUACAGAAGAUAUUUUGAGACCAGAAAUUUUUCAGCUAGUUUAAAAAAAUCAGGCAAAAUAUUCUUUUAGUUAUGGCUUGUAGGCUGAAAUGGCCCACUACCAACAUAAAAACCAUAACAUAAUUUUGAUAACAACAAAUCAACAGCAUAUCUCAAACUACGACAAUCAGGUUAUACAAGAGUAAAAAAUGAAAAACUUUUAGCUAGACCAUAAAUAUGCAGAUACGCACAUAAUAGUUUUCCCAAAAUAUUCCCUUGAUUUAAAAUCCAGUUAGCUACUGAUACUAGCCUAUCCAUAUCUUCUGCACUCAACCAGAUAAAUUUAUCACAAAGACAAAGUUAAUUUUGAUUAAAUCACAUAUAAUAUAGAAUUAUUAACAUUCUGAGGAAGGGGAAAAAUGGAAAAGGAAAUGUCAUCCACCACAGCAGUUAUUAUAUUCAAGGAAUGACAAUAGUCGACAUUUUCUAUCAACCCUGAGAAUAUAAUUCUUCUCAAAUCUACCGGUUUCAACCUCCAAUAUACCUAAGCAAUACUACCUUCUGCCGGUUGAAUAUGCUUCAUGGAACCCAAUGCUGAAAAAUCUCAAUGUUACAUCGAAAAUGUUUAAUUAUGUGAUGCAAUUUUGAGCCCGGACCGUUUUGCGUUUCUUAAUGCAAAAUUCAGUUAAUAUAUUUUUUAUAAGGUCACGUUUUUUAUUAGAAGGAGUUUUAAUGCAUUUUGCCCAGUGGCGUAACGCAUUUAGGGGCAUCUUAAAUUGAUAGCCAAGGGCCCCCGACCGAAAAAGGGGCUCACCUAUUCACCUCAUUUUCAAAAGAUUUUAUAACACAGCUUGCCCUAGUUAACGAGAAAAAAGUAUAACUUUCACGUCUUGCUAUGGUGUUUCACAUGUGAUACAUCGUUGGAUUGGACUUUCUGCAUUCCGUGAAUAAGGGCCCCUGUCUCAGUUUUUCCAAAAUGGCCCUAGACGCCUCCGUUACGCCACUGGUUUGUCUAAGGCUACCGAAACGCAUUUGACACCGGUUUCUAAUGAUUUGAGGGUAGAAUUCAGAUUUGAUGAUCGAAUAUUAACUUGAAUGUCCGCGAAUGUCACAAUGAAGAAACGCUUGAAUUUUCUGUGACUCAAGGUGGUCUAUUUAAACAGAGUUUUGAAAAAUACUUUAUUUUUGUUUUGUGCGAUUGUUUUUAGUGUAUUUUUUGGCCUUGAUAUUCUGAUUAAUUUUCUCCAAUUAAACUGUUUUCAAUACGACAUUGAUACUUCUUGUUGGUCCGAAAAAAGCAAUCGCUUUUUGCAAAGACAAACUAAUAAAUUAGAUGAACUUCUUUACCGACCCGAUGUGAAAUUUUGUUUUUGUUUUGGACAAAUUUUUUUAAUUUCUCGUUGCUAUGUACUUCUUUUUCGGGACAUGGCGAUUUCAAAAUAUUUCACCUACACCAGGGUAACAACAUUUUGCAUCAUAUCUUUACAUUUUGCUUCCAAUAUCCGUAUGAACUUUCACUUAUAUGAUAAUAACUUUAACCAGCCUUCUUUGCAAUUUGCCCUUCUUCGCACAUUGGUAUUUUUCACCGUCCCGCAGAUUAGCUUUCGAUUUAUUUGAAUAAUUAAUUUAUUCUUUUCCUACUUUCUUGCAUUUCUCGCAUUCAACUUUUUCUUUAAGGAUGUGCAUAACAAGGACAUCUCCAAUAGCAAAUUAUCUGUUUAAAACUUAAAACGAGUAUGUUCAACAAGGCAUGCUUAAGGCACGGCUUAUGUCAGUAGUCAAAGAGUGAAUGAUCUUGGUAUAUUUUAAGAUGGUGAAAUCCUGACAUUUUCAAAACAGGGAUAUCAUCAUCUUAUUCUAAUACUAUUUUAGGCCUGGAUAACAAGAUAAGACAGGCUUAAUUAAUAUCUAAUAACCUUUAUAAGACUCCCAAUCCAUCGACGAAUGCACGUAAGAUGUAUUUCCCUUUAGGAGUUUACCCUAAUAGUUUAAAAACGUCCCUAAAUUGAAUUCAGAAUUGUUUGCCACCGAAAAUACGAACUGGUCAAAAUAUAAAAGUUUCUUGCAUCACCUACUUCAUCGUCGCCAAGGGAUUCUAUGAAAUCUUAGCUAGCUUAUCAAAUAGCCCAUAGAUUUUGCUCGCAGCUACUGACACAUGCAUUCUUCUUGUACGAACCGCCCUCGAGUGUAAAUCCUCAAUGGUAAUCUUCAUUGAUAGUUGAGACACCAGAAAACUCUCAAAACCAUUACUAUAAUUACUAACCUCUCUUUUGGUUGUGCCUCUUUGGAUAGGAAAUUGAACCGCCAAUAGUAGUAUGGUUUGGAAAGGCUCAGAAACACUUGCAAAUGGGUGUGUGAUAUGCAGAUUUUUAGAUGCAAGAAAAAUAGGUACAGAUACUAACCUGCUCAAUCAUAUUGAUUUGCAGACUAAGCUAAGUUGCUUGAAACAUGUGUUUUAGGAGGUUAUACUGCAUUUUUCAAACUAUUAAUCGCUCAACAAAACGGCCUAACCUUCAACUUUACGAAGCUUUUUGCAGGUGCUACGGGGCGGACUAGGAUGUGCAUGGCUUCCAAAUUUCAGUCACAGACACACCUUAUCUAUAGGUUUCCCGUACAUUUUUAGCUAUGUCUUGUGAUUUACUUAAAAGGCGAAGUAUUUAUUGAUCCACACACUUUCUAUUCGCCUUCCAAUCGUAUGCAUAUGACUCAUGUCCAGAGUAUUAUAGUUUCAUCACUUGAAGCUUUUGCUUAUUAAGGGCCUUCAAAUUGCGAGUUUUGAACGUAUUCCUCACUUUCAUGCCAUUUGCCCUAGAAUGUUCAUUAUUUAAGAGAUUCAAGUUGUUGUUGCGCACUUUUGCACUGGUGGCCAAAAAAAGCUUUGUGUGCUCUGAGUGGGUCUAUUUGAAUAAAUGAAUAAAUGAUGUCACUGAUGUUCUGUUCCUCUGCUCCAACUUUUGAGACACUUAUACCCAGGGGACAUCAGACCAUGCGUUAUAGGGCCCAUUCAAUGUAAUUUUGCAUGAAAUCAAUUCUCUUUUGGUGCUGGAAAUUGCGUGACAGUGAUAGCACACAAUCCUCGGCAAAUUUUGCUCAUCCUUCAAGAAAUAUGCGAUCAAAAAUGAGAAUCUUUAAAAAUCAAUUUGAAUAAUAAAUUUAGCAUAUCGGAAACGAAGGAUUAAUUGAGAAAAACCGAAUUGAAUUAUUACAAUUGAUUCGUUUACACUGGGAAUUAAAGGAUGCGGAAGGUAGAAAGCUUUCGCAGACAUGGGAAGUGGUUAAAGGAGGAUCAACAGGAAAAGCGUGAGAGAACAAACUUAUUGUAACCUGUUAAAAUAGGUUUUCGGGUAUAUACCUGAACUGGUGCACCUGAACUUCUUAAAUCUUUGCUGAGUUGGAAGCAACCAAGCUGGCCUAUAGAGUCAAGAGUCAGCUUCUUUAAUAAGACCUGACAGCCAAAAUAGGCAUCAUGAUCAUUGUUGCUGCAUUUUUAGCAGAUGUUUUUUGUAAAAGUAUUUGCUUAGAGAAAUAAACCAUUUAAGUCAUUAUAGCAGAAUACACAAAUGCAGUUAAUGAAAGCCGGACGGUUGCAAAAUGAUAGUAAUGCUAGAUCAAAUUAGGAAAAAGAGUUUUACUGAAAUAAACUGGUAAACUGCAAGCACUGCUUUAAUUUGUAUAGUUAUCUUGUAACUAAAGCUAUGUCAAGAAAGGCAAUACUGUUUUUAACAAUGGAUUGAAUUUCGAAAAUCUAAUAUUACUUUAAACAUUCUGGGUUCGACUUAUGUUACUGUAGCUAAUGUUAAGUCCAAUUUUUAAGUGAAGAUUCCCAAACAUACAAGCAGGGGUAUCAUGACAUCAAAUCUGUCAUUUGUUCCAGCCAGAAACGCUGAGUGGGGGCGAGGUGGUAAAUUUCUCCAGAGCCUUGGGGUCUAGGGGGCCUCAUAAAGUAUUGAAUUCCAUUAUAAGAAUGGUGUUAAGCAAACGUAAGAAAAGUAUGCCUAAAAAUAGUAAAAAGUUUUGAACGAUUGCAAGAAACUGCAAAACGUAUUCUGAAAGUAUCUUAAGACAAUCUAAAGGGCGUGGUCGGAAAGGUUUUCUGCUCGCAAGGGGCCCCAUUUUUGUGCUUUGCCCAAGGCCUCCAAAUCUUCUCAACGGCCCUGGUUCCAGCAUUUUCCCUGCCAUUCCUGGCAGUAAACAAUAUUCAACACCCUUUAAGAAAUGUUUUUUUUCACUCAGGCGUCCGGCGACAUAUGCCCCCUUCCAGCGGCCUCUCUUUGUACCCGCUCUAUAUAUUUGAGUCCAAUGAUAGAGAAGCGGCCUAAUUUACCUUUUUAAAGUGCUUAAAGACAAUUUGAAAACGAAACAGAGCCCUCGUUUUGAGUCUGAAAUUAGAACAGUGGUCGUCAAUAUGAUUUUAUAACUAUGUCAAAGUAACAUGUAUUUCACCACAGGUAUAUUUGUAAAUUUAUCGUUCAACAGUUAUAAUGAACUCAAAAUUGUUUGCCAACCUGCAAACUGCAGUCUUUUCUAGACAGACCGAUUAUACAAAGUCAGUAUUUCGAGGUCAACAGCGAAUAUGUUCGUUUUUUUUAUGACUAUGUCAGCUAAUUGGCUGUUUAUUAUGAUGUAACUUCAUACUGCAAUCAGAAAAUGGGCUACACUUACAAGAAAUGACCAAAGUAAAGCUGUAUAGAUACUACUACAUUUAUUUCCACGAGACAACACAACAUGUGUUUCAUCGUAUAAAAAGUACAAUUAAUUUUAACAACGAUGUAUGUAUUGGUGAGACGUAUUAAUCUUAAGCUUCAAGUGGCGCCCUUUUUUAUAUAACCUUUCUAACUGGUUGGCAGGUCUAGUCAUAAUAAUUAUUUUGAUUUAUCGUUUGGUUUUCAUCAACGAUCAUGUCAAUCUUCUCCAGUCUAAGCUUUGGCGAGGCAAAGUUUAUAGGUUUAUUGUCCUAUUAAGACUGGGAAGGAGUUUAUGAACGGGAAUAAUAUGGAAAUGUGCCAUUCAGAAAGUGGCUGUAUCAGUGAGUUGAAUACAUAGGAGACCAUGAGGCAGGGGGUGCAGCCCCUAUCUAAUCGCGAAAAAGUUAUAGCAUUCAGGCUCCAUUUGGGAAGUUCCCUCUCAACCUCCCGCCCCCCUCAAACCUGUGUUAUCCGCUACGUCCUUGGGUAAAUAGAAUACGCAUUUAUUCCACUUAAUCCAUGAAAACUGAUAUGGUAAUCAAAAUAGCAAAAUUGUAAUCAAAGUUCGAUCAUUGAGUGUAAAAUAUCAUCAUCAUCAUCAUCAUCAUCAUCAGCAAACAACAAUCAAUUAAUACGCCCAACAGGGGCAAGUUGUACUGCAUAAAUAUCUUGAUAAGAUAAAGAAAUUUCUUUACAUCAACUCGUAAAAAUUCAGAGUUUAAAAGUUAUGCCAGCGUAGAACAAAACUUAAUAUUGCAACACGAUACUUAGGCAACAAAUUCAGCAACAAAUGGGGUUUAAUUCUCAGAACAUUUACUGACCACUUAACAUUUUGGAAAUAUUGCAUCGUCAUUAUUACAAUCAAUCGUCGAUCAUCAAACGUCAAUCAACAUCUUUGUCAUCACAGAUGAUUAUCGUUAUUAUUAUUAUUAUUAUUAUCUUCCUCUUUAUUGUUAUUAUCACAAACUGUCACGCACCGCCAUCGACGUCACGCCUGCCAUGUUGAAAGCUGACUUCCUCCCUACGUGAAGCAAAAAUUAUCUUCUUUUAGUUAUGCCACUUGGAAAUCUCAAAUAAUAAACGUUCUGCUUACAUGGAUGACAAUGAUCUCCCCUAACUCUAUAAUUCUUAACUUUAAUUUUUUUUGCUGCAGAAGUAGUUGCACAUCAUUGUUAUUUUUUAUUCGCAGUUUGCAUCUCGCUCUCAGCUUUGUAUUAUUUUUUCUCCGAAAGCUUAAGACUGUUACUAUUUUUUUCAUAAGAAUAUUAAACUUUAUUACCAAAAUAAGGGUUAUGAAGAAAACUUUUAUAGAAUAGAGCUACCAUUUUUUACUCGUUCUACUUCUUGGUCCAUCUCUGUAUGCUCAUCACGAGCUCUCAUUGCAUUUCUAUAAAAAUUGAGAAACUAUUCUAGAACAGUUUUCUACAAUUCAUGAAACAGCCUCCGUUCCGUUGCUUUAACAUUCUAUGUUCUGAUGUGGUUUUCAAAUAUUUGUAAAUAAAAGACACUAUAAAGGUCACGUUACUCAAAGUUUACUUGCUAGAAUACAGGGAAGACUGCCAAGCGGAUUUCAAAAGCUCAAUAAUCGUGCAGCAAGGUUAAUAGCAAAAUUUGAUAUAAAAAUGUUGUAUAGUGUUUCUCUGACUGAUAUGAAUUACAAAUAAAUUAGUAACAGAACACAGUUUUAGAUAAACCUGUCUUCAUCGAAUACUUCUGGCCUCCCACCUGUUGGCUGGAAUGACACAAAGAUGUUUCUCCAUUCGAGGUAAAAUUACUUGAAAAAUUGUCAGCCACUUGAAAAAACGCGCAAAACGUUCAAGUGAAUUAGUUAAACAAAGAGAUGGUUUUCUUAAUCUGCUUGAAAUUUGCGCUUAUAUAAAUGACUAAAACAGGCAAAGAAAAGCCGAAAGGGGAACCCUGCCCCCGCUUGUCGAGGACCUCCCAAGGCACUCGAUGCAAAAUCUUGGCCAUUCCCUAUUUUAAAAAUCUAUCAAUAUAGUUGCAGUCUGUGAAAAGUUUGCUUUGAUUUGUUGGCAGUCAUUCCGACGUUUUAAGGCUAAAUAUAACCCAAGAAGGCUUAUAUUAGUGGCCCCGGUGCAGGUGACUCGCUUCCUCGUUUGUGUGCUCGCCCGAGGCUGUCGUCCAGCGGCAAGUGCAGGGCUGGUCAUUCCCUGUUUCUGUUGUUUUCGAGUCCUGUUGAUGAUUGCUUUGCUGUGGCAUUCCAGUCUGAGGUCGGAUGGCCAGCCGUAUUUACGAUGCCGACGAUUAGAAAAGAUGUGAUAAAUCGCAUGAUUGCUUAAAUGUAGGGGAUUACAAUCGCUCUAAUCAAGGCAAAGUUUUCACUGCAGUAAUUUCGGCUUGGCUUUGCAUUGUUAUUCCAAGACAAGUUCUUGAACCCGUACUGAUUGUGUGUUGGUGAUAAGACCCGCGUAUUGUUCAGAUUGGCUGGGUUGAGGAAUAAGCCACUUGAGAGAAGCAUAGCUCAAGGAUGGAUUUACGUGACUGCAUCCCUAGAGAACUGGCAUUUAUUUGUGCAUUCUUCUUCAGCAUUUUUGGAAACACAAGCUCAUUGCCAGGAAAUUGGACAAAAUUGCCAAGUAACUCGCUUUUGGGAGCAAACAUUGCACAAAUAGAUGCAGGAAUUUCUCGAUAUGUAUGGGCAUUAGAUUAUUCAGGAAAACCCCACGUGCACACUGGUUUAAAAGGUCAAUGGACUGAAGUAAAUAGCUUGGAAGAUCUUGAGCUAAGCUGGGUUUCCUCUGGUGCUGCAGGUGUUUGGGGAUUGCAAAAGAAAAUUGGGGUUCCGCUCUUUAGGGACGGAGUUUCGCCCUUGUUACCUGUUGGCAAAGAAUGGGUGCCAGUGAGUGGAAGAGGCUUCAAAAUAAUUGAAUCGGGCCUUCGUGGAUGUGUAUAUGCCCUUACUCGCAAAGGAGAGCUGUACUACCGGGAUGGAAUCACUAAAUCCAAUCGUUUUGGCACAUCGUGGAGGCAAAUUUGGGGAACUUAUCGAUUCAUUUCAGCGGGAAGUUAUGGUGUUUGGGCAAUUGACUUUUAUGACAGAAUUUACUUUGGCAAAGGCUCAAGUGCCCACCUGUCCUUGAUUAAGAACUGGAGUAAGGUAGAUGCCAUACCUGGCAAAGAAAUCAAGUCUGUUGUUACUGGGUUCGAUGGCUCAGUCUGGACGUUGACAAGCAACGGUGAGGUUUUCAAACGUGAAAAUGUAAACAUAGUGAAGCCAACUGGAAAUUCAGGUUGGAAGCGAAUAAAUGGUCUGAAAUUACGCAAAAUCACAGCAGGGUUGCCUGGUGUAGUUGGGAUCACGGACACAAAUGACUUGGUGGUGCAUAAAGAUCGGAAGUGCGGAGGACUCUUGGAAGAAACCAGCGGCAUCUUUGCAAGUCCGAAUUACCCGAAUCCUUAUCCUAACGAGGUGGUUUGCCUCUGGGUUUUCAGCGUACCUCAAGCCAAAAGUUUAAUUGUAACAUUGGAAAGCUUUGAUGUUGGUCAAAGUAGUGGCGAUUUCCUCGCAUAUUCCGCAGGCGGUAUAAACCCGACCAAUGAAAAGCCUGCCAUUAUCACUCGCGAAAGCAAAAAACAAUUUACUUUUGAUGGGGACUCAGCCCUUUUCGAAUUCGUCUCGGACGGACAGCAAACAUCGAAAGGGUUUUUUGCUAGAUAUGAUUCGGAUCUCAAGCGUAACAUCCAAGUUACAACUGAAAAGCCUACGACACAGCCAACCACCAUCGCACAUUCAGGUUGCGGUGGCCUACUCUUCCAGGACAGUGGCACUGUCACAAGCCCUGGCUACCCUAAAAACUAUGACAGUAACCUUUCUUGCACUUGGGUCAUUCGAUCAAGGUCUGGCAAAAAGAUUUCACUGACAUUCAGUGAAGUAGAUGUCGAGUAUGACAGUACUUGCAAAUUUGACGUCAUAAAAGUCGGCGAUGGCUCCCGGGUGGACGAGAAUACUCGAGAUAGAUUCUGUGGGAAUAAAUAUCAAUUGAAUUUUGUCUCUCAAGGAGAAUAUUUUUGGAUUCACUUGUCGAGUGAUGCAAAUUCUGAGGGGCGCGGGUUCAAGGCAUCAUGGUCAGUUGUCGUGGAAACAACAACUAUGGCAACAACAUUACAAAUGACAACAACAAAGCAGACAGCUCCUAAAAGAUGGGGAUUAUUGCCUCUUGGAGAUCGACAAAUAAAUCAAAUAGAAGCUGGAAUGAGUGACAAAAUUGUGGCUGUAGAUUCCAGUGACGUGCCAUACAUUUACAUUAAUCGUAUAUGGAUUCCAAUUCUACAACAAGAAGUGUCGUACAUUACUUCGGGUGAUGCUGGAAUAUGGGCAAUUAGCAAGGACGGGCGAGUUUUGUUUCGUGCUGGUGUCCGGCCAUCUUACCCGUCAGGAACAAAAUGGGAAGUUGUUGGCAGUGACGUAUUCGUGCGAAUUGACUCUGGACCAGAAGGGUAUGUUUUUGCUGUGAGAAGCAAUGGCAUUGCCGCAUAUAGGGAUGGGGUUUCGAAACAACUGCCUUUUGGAACACGCUGGGUAAACAUUGGUGGAAAAUUCAAGUCUAUCAGCGUUGGAACAUACGGGCUGUGGGCAAUCGAUGAAUAUGGCAAUGUAAUGUACGCUCAACGGCCGUCAAAGUUAGGAAGGUUUCCAAUCUCAUGGAUAACCCUUCCAGGCUUGCUGCUAACAGAAAUUGAUGCUGGAUAUGGAAAUAGUGUUUGGGGGCUAGCAAAGAGUGGAUCGGUCUACAAAAGAGCUGGUGUAGCACAGAAUACUCCAUAUGGACGAUUUUGGCAGCUAGAGAACCUGCGUCUUAAUGACGUCACCAUCGGACUUCCUGGAAUAUUUGGCAUCGAUAUAAACAAGAAAAUACUCCAGAGACAGGAUACGACCCAGAUUUGUGGAGAAAUUACAACAAGUCGUUCAGGUCGAAUCUUUUCUCCGGGAUAUCCAUUCACGUCGUACCCAAUAUAUUCGCAUUGCCUUUGGAUUAUCAGAGUACCUGAAGCGGCUAGGAUUACUCUCACAGUUGCAUCGUUCGACGUUCAUCAGUCCGAUGGUUGUGCUGAAGACUACCUCUUUCUAUACAAACGAGGUUACUACUCUCCGGAAUAUGGUGGCAACAGGUUUUGCGGCAGUUACAUUAACAAUACUUUCACAUACAAUGGAAAUGAGGUCUGGCUUCAAUUCAACGCUGGUAUUAGACCAGGCGCUAGCAAACCACGUGGUUUUGACAUCAGAUACACCUCAGAAGCUGGCCAAGCAACCAUAAAGCCUUCAACCACAGUCAGCACAUCAACUGCACCAAAUAACACUCCUCUUCAAAUAAGCACAGUUCCUUAUUCAGGUUGUGGUGGGCGCUUCACCAGUAACUAUGGUUCACUGACAAGCCCUGACUUCCCAAAUCAGUAUUCUACAAAUCAUAGAUGCAUAUGGACAAUAGAGUUAGAUCCUUCACGCGAAAUUGUGUUAAAAUUUGAUACGUUUGAUGUAGAGGAAGACUACACAUGUAGAUUUGACUUUCUUCUUGUAAAAGCGCCAGGAAACCUUGGGAGGGAGCUCGGUAAAUUCUGUGGAAACAGAUUGCCAGCAAACAUAGAGGUCGGCGGAAACAAAGUCUGGAUCCUUUUUAAAUCAGACGAUACAUUAAACAAGAGGGGAUUCCGUGUCACCUGGGCUUCGAAACAGAAAUCUGGUGUAAUUGCGAAACCAACAACGCGGGCACCCACAACGCAAAUUAAACGAGAGGUUACGACCAAGCAAACAAAUCCCGAACCGGCUACAGCUCCUCAGAUACCAGCUGACUGGUCCAAGGUACCUACUGACAUAAAUAUUGCCCAUAUUGACGGUGGUAUUAGUCCUAGAGCCUGGGCAAUAGACGAACAAGGUAGAGCGUACAUGGAGGAUGGUAACAACUGGCGACUCAUAGGGCUGGAACAAAUGAAAUGGGUUACUUCUGGAGAAAGUGGUGUUUGGGCUGUAGAUAGACUUGGAAGAAUCUUUUUGCGUCGUGGCGUCGCUCCGUUAGCCCCACAAGGUGCAUUUUGGGACAGAGUGGAUGGACCUGCAAUGGAAAAGAUCGACUCAGGUCCAAUUGGCUCAUUAUUGGCACUUGAUGAUUUUGGUAAUCUGUACCUCCGUCAAGGGUUGACACCUGAGAAUCCAAAGGGUAGUAACUGGAAGCAAGUUGGCUCUGGAUACAAGCAUAUGUCUGUUGGUUCUUACGGUUAUUGGGCCAUUGAUCCGCUGAACCGAGUCUUCUUUGCGCCAUUGUCAAGGCCCGGUCAGAUAACCGAGAAUCUGCGAUGGAUACCCAUAUCCCAGAAAUUCGUACAGGUCAAGGCUGGAUUUGGUGGGUCACUUUGGGGGAUUACACCAGAUGGGGAUGUGUAUCAGAGAAAGGGCGUGACAGCCAUCAUUCCUUCGGGGGUCUCUUGGGAGAAGGAAGGGAACUUGAAGGCAAAUGGGAUUACCGCUGGAAUGUCUGGCGUUUUUGCCAGUUUACAGGGAACAAAUGAAAUCAUUAAAAAGUCAGGUUACGACUGUGGUGCUAUUUUGACAUCACCUUCGGGUGUGUUCUCGACACCCAACUAUCCUUCAAAUUACCCUGCAAACACAGUCUGUUUAUGGCAAUUACGGAUCCCUGGAGCAAGAAGGGUGGUAAUCGAGUUUCUGGAUUUCAGGUUGGAUGAGCCCAGCUCAAACUGCAACAAAGACUUCUUGUUAUAUUUGCGAGACGGGGAAUUUCCUUCAGCAUAUGGCGCCAAAAAGCGUUGUGGAAAUGACAAGACUCCAAUUUUGUUCGAAGGCAACAAAGCUUGGGUUGAGUUUAUUUCGGACGGCUCUAACAAUUUCCCCGGAUUCUCUGCUCGGUAUACAGCAGUUAUUGAUCCGGGUAGACUUACAGAAAAACCGGUGACACCAAGCCUCCCAGCUUCAAGGAUGCCAACUACAAUUCAACCGGAUGUAUUCACUGGGUGCGGUGGAUUGAUAGAUGCUACAUCUAGGUCAUCUGGUCAGUUUGCUCAUCCAGGCUACCCUGGUAAUUAUGAAGACUCUCAGUCCUGCGAGUACAUCAUAAGAACUGGUCGAAACAGAAAACUUGCCCUUGACUUUGACUUGUUCGACUUGGAAAUCACCAGCGAUUGUCGCUAUGACUACAUAGAAAUACGUGAUGGGGAGCUGCCUAGUGAUAAGCUCAUUGGAAAGUACUGCGGCAAGGACGACGUAAAAGGCAUAAGAUCAACGGGCAACUCUCUCAACAUCAGGUUCAGAAGUGACCAAACGAGUAAUUUCAAAGGCUAUCGUGCCAGCUGGCGUGUUGAGUAUCUUUUCACUACCACGCAGAAACCUGAAACGACAACAGAAAACAAUCUUGAGGGGCCUAGUAUUGCUGAAAUCAGCAAAGCUUGUAGCGGAACUGUUGAUGCAAGCUCGAAGUCUGUCGGCUACCUGGCUCAUCCCUCUUACCCUGAUAAAUACAAAAACAAUUUAAUCUGCAGAUAUGGAAUCAAGGCAAAGCCUAACGACAGGAUACGGUUAACUUUCCGUAAAUUUUCUCUGGAGGCGCAUGAAACCUGUAAAUUUGAUUUCAUUGAAGUGCAUGAUGGUGAUAGCAAUCAGGCUAGGUCUUUGGGAAAAUUUUGUGGAAGACCUAAUCCCAAAGACAUUUUAUCCAGUGGCAAUUCGCUCUUUAUAACGUUCUCGACAGACUCUGCGAUCGAUGAUGCAGGGUUUUUAAUCAAAUGGAAUGUCGAAAAAGAAGACACACUGCCGACAUUGAAACCAAGUAUAUCUACCACAAAGAUAGACAGUAGACCUAUAACUGACUGUGGUGGUGUAUUCAGAUCCAACGAUGGGCUUUUUGCCACGCCAAGUUACCCCAACGAUUACAGUUCAAACUUAGACUGCAGCUGGUCAAUUAUCGUGGAUGAGAAGAAGGUCGUUCAACUGACCUUUGAAUUUUUUGAUAUUGAAAAAAGCAGUGGUGCUUGUCUGUAUGAUUAUGUUGAAAUAUUUGAUGCAGAUAGAAGAAGGGGUUCUUAUGUGAGUCUUGGAAAAUAUUGCGAUCAGAUGCCUAAGGAAAUUCUGAGCAGUGGAAAUGAAUUGAGAGUUUUGUUCCACAGCGACAAUGCAAGAAACAGAAAAGGUUUUGUGGCAAGAUGGAUGGCAGAAGGCGCAAUGAUGCAGACGACUCCCUCUGCAAGGACAACUGAAAAACCAUGUUUCCAGAGACUUAAUGGUUUUGGUGGAGAAAUCAGUAGAGGUAGCCUAUCAUCUUUUUACUCUCCGAACCAAGACUGCAUUUGGGUAAUAACAGUAAGAAACAGCUACAAAAUCAAAGUUGAAUUCGAUUUUUUCGAAGUUGAAGCAUCCCGUUCUUGUUCCAAAGACUUUUUCAAGAUACACGAUGGAUCAACUUCCUUGUCGCCUACGCUGAUGAAUUCUUGCGGUAAUUCUAAACCAGAGCCAAUCAUUUCAUCUGGGAAUGAGCUGCUGCUGCGGUUCAAAGCCGAUGCAAAUAACAAUGCUCGUGGAUUCAAACUACGAUGGUCUGAAACCCAACCAACAACAACUCGACCUGUGAUCACCCCGUCUACUGCUUCUGUCAAUAGUUAUGACGUUUGCCAUUCAAGUCGAUACCUCUUUGGCCGCAGUGGCGAGCUUACCUCGCCAAACUAUCCACUCAGCUACCCAGCUGGUGAUUUGCAGUGUACCAAAAUCAUAGAUGUGCCUACCAACACUCGUCUUGUUGUAACAUUUGAGGACUUUGCCAUUGGAGCAAGUGCCGGCUGUGUAAAAAAUGCAGUGAUUUUCAGGACUGAUAGUACUGUUAAAACCUACUGCACUGACACCAUCCCUCCUACUUUUUCAACAACUGACCGUUAUUUGAGAAUAGAUUUCUCAAGUACUGAUAACCCACGACCCCGUGGUUUUAAAUUGAAAUGGAACAUAAUGGCCAUUGAAGGGCCUACACAGAGACCAAUUUACCCAGAAGCACCGAAAUGUGGCGGGAGAUUAUAUGGCAGCAGUGGUGUUCUUGAGAGCCCCAAAUUUAGCCGGAAAUACCCCUUUUCAAUAACUUGUACAUGGAUCUUAGAAGUCGGACCUUUAUCAGAAAUAGAAAUACGACCUGUGUCUGCAAAUUUCUAUGGCUCGCAGUGCUCCUCAUCCCACUUGCUUUUCCGGGACGGUAUCAGUUCAAAUUCACGUCCACUUAAGAGACUUUGUGAAGAGGAAAAUAUGUUACCUUUCAAGUCAGAGAGAAGCACGCUGUACAUUGAACUGAAGAUUGAUGAAAACAAGGAAGUUGAUUUUAAAAUAAACUGGAAGGAAAAAUCUGUUCAGUCUUUGAAAGAGUUUAAGUGUGGAGGGAUGAGGACACAACCAAUGGGUAUAAUAAAAUCACCAGAAUAUCCAUCACAAUACCAAAGUAAUCUUGUUUGCACUUGGGUAAUACUUGCACCUAAAGGACAGAGAAUCUCCUUGGAUAUAAUGGCAUUCGAGUUGGAACAAGAUGCAAGGUGCUCGAAAGAUUACUUGGCAAUAAGAAAUGGACAAACAUCGAACGGAGCAAUUGUUGGACGUUAUUGUGGCCGAAAUAUUCCUCGCACAAUCAUGUCACGUGGUAAUUCCAUCUGGUUACAAUUGCAGACAGAUUGCAAGAAUACAAACAAUGGUUUCAAGCUUAACUGGAAGUUUAUUGCUUCUUCCAUUAAGACUAGUGAGCCCCAACGAACACCCAUGCCCUCAACAGAUGCACCGAGGACUAGAGAAACAUCUACAAGAUUGAUGCCAUCAAGCACUCUCAACCCAACUCAGCAAACCACGACUCCUGGAAACACUGUUAAUGCACAAGGGGGAUUGAUAACAGGACGGCGUGGUGUAAUACAGUCGCCUAAUUAUCCACGAACGUACCCAAAUAAUGUGGAUAUUGUGUGGGUUAUUAAAGGCCCGGCUCCUGGAAGAAUAGCUUUAACAUUUAAAAGCUUUGCACUUGAAGAGGACAGUGCAUGUAGAUACGAUUACGUGCACCUACGAGAUGGUCCUGCUUCCGACUCACCAUCCAUUGGAAAAUUCUGUGGCAAUAACAUUCCUGCUACAUACACAUCAGCCGAUAAUGCACUUUGGGUUAAAUUUAUGUCAGAUGGCACCGAAAAUCGUUUAGGCUUUGAGGCUGAAUGGAACUGGCUGCCGUCAGGAGCCCUGCUGCCAUCGCCAGGAACGGAAACAGUUCCAAGCUCCGGUUGCGGUGGUGUCUUGAUUGAUGAAGACGGUGAAUUCGCUACGCCGAAUUAUCCUUCCCGUUACUCAUCCAAUACUGAAUGCAUAUGGGUGAUCAAGCCCAAAUCUCCAGCGAGUGCAAUUGAAUUAAGGUUCAAAAGCUUUAGCUUAGAACCCGAGUCACGUUGUGGAUACGAUUUUCUCGAGGUGAAAGAAGGUGACUCUCGCUCUUCGCCCAGUCUGGGAAGAUUCUGUGGCCCAUCCUUUCCACGUACUUUGGUUUCUCGAAGGGGUGCCUUUUGGAUAAGAUUUAAAUCUGACAGCUCAACGAAUGAUCAAGGUUUCUUAGCAUCAUGGACGACAAAUAGAAAUCAAAAGCGUAGAAGGAGAGGUGCUAGUUUAAUUAUGAAAAAAAGAAAUUCGCAAUAGCGGAAAAUAAAGACCAUAUAUUGAAAACGGAUAUUGAAACGGAAGAUCUUUAUCAUCUUAGCAGACAUGAAAAUUUUUCUAUAAAGGCCAUAUUUUCAAGCAUAUGAAAAUUUUGGAUCACCAUAAACAAUCAACCACAUUUUCCUCCACAUUGAUGUUUUCAUAUGGCAAAUCAGAGCGAUCGAUGGUUGGCCAAUGAUCCCUUCACAGUUACUUAAGCAGGUGUCUAUUCACUCUGCCCGGAUUUUCACAUGUUCACGUUCUGCCACCGUUUGGAGUAUGAAUUUUGCUAAUUCCAGAAGACGAUAAACCAACUCUUAGUAAGCUUCAAAUUGACAUAUCUGAAUAUUCGCUUAUAUCAAGCCUGGUACAGUUUUCUACGAUUUGAAAUAUUGGUUUGAAUUGUAUUACUUUUAGCAUGCAGAAGAUGUACAGGCGGGGAGAUAUCCCAUAAAUGAUGUUAGGAACAUUUAGCCUCAGCAAUAUAUGCAUAGAACAAGUGCAAUCACUGUUUAUUAGAAUUCCAGAUCUGCAUUUCUUUGCGGUCAUGUAUUGUUUUCGUGCCCAUUUUCAGUAAGAUUCCAGCUUCCCUGUACCAGUCCAUAUUUAAUAGUUGGGUCUCUUUUGAAAGGCCGAUUGUGUGUUUGUUUCAGUCACAGAUAAAGAAGUAACAUUGAUUUGGUAAAACAGCUAUCUAACUCUUGUAUGACCGUAGUAGGCGUAGGAUACAUUUUAGGUUCUCUUCUGCAUGCUUCCUAUUACUACUUAAAAUAAAUAAGUAUAAUUAUGAUUUCAAAAUACAUUGAUAAUAUCAGUUUUUGCUAUAAUUAGUUCGUAUUUAAGCAGAAAGUGAAAAGAUAUCUGAAGUUUUCAGUGCUGGAAAGUUAAACAUUUACAAUGUGAACAGUUUGGACUUUGUAAGUCCAGUAGUCUGUCUUUCAUGGUUUGUCAAUUAAACAUGUUUAUAUAUUUCGAUAUGAUUGGGAUAUUUUCUUUUAGCAACCAUGAUAUUAAUUUCGAGCAAUAUCUAAAUGAUUUCAAUUUUUCAAAAUUAGCCUUUUUAGGUAGCCGUAUUUGCAAUUUGAAAUCCCUUUCAAAUGUUCUUCAAAGCUUAACCAAGUUUUCUUACUUGGUAAUAUUCUGUUAGUGAUAAAUAUUCGAGGAAAUAUUUGUUUAGAAAUAAAAGCACAAAAAAUAAAUUGCUGUCUAAUGACCACUCAACCUAUGUGAUUAGUGGUGUCACUUCCAUGACAGUGCAGAGCAGCUUAUAAACGUGGUCACUGGAUUAAUGUCAAAUUCUGGUCCAUCUGAGCUUUGGUCCUUUGUUAUGGAUGACUUUGCUUGAAAUCACAAUGAACAACCAAUCACCCCGCUAUUAAUAUCAAACAUAUAUUAUCCGUUAAUUUAUGCCGUUUUAAGCAUAAUUUAUGAAUUGUUGUGUACUAGUUUAUGUGCACUGGUGCUGUUGUGUUUUGUAUAAGAAUGAUUACUGGAAAGUGUUGAGUUUUCCACAAUGGUUAUUCUAUUUUAAAUUUCAAAAUUAGACUGAUUUGAAAUUAGUUAUCUACUUAUAUUUAUACGUGUAUGUAAACCUUUAUGUUAUUUCUUCCUCUGCAAUCUUUUGUGUUUGAAUCUCUUAACUCAAUAUUUCUCUCACUGCUCUUUCAGCCUCUUAGUUUUGUUUUAUAUUCAAAGUCAUUUUCGUCAAGUUUUUACCAAAUAUGAUUGGAAAUAUUGCGUUGGCAUAUCAAGUGCCAAAUAAUCAAAUUAAUUUAUAAUCCCUCACUCUCGUUAUAUCAGUAGUAAUAAUGAUGUCUUGUUAUUAAUAGUUGCCUAAUUAGACAUUUUUAACAUUUGAAGGUGCAUUAGAAUGGUAUUGGUGAAUAUUGCUAACCAUGAAUAUUAUAUUGGCCUAUCGUUAGUUUUCGAUUGUAAACCGUUUAUAGUGUGAUACAAUUGCACCUUCGUGAAUAUCUAUAGGUGUAAAGUUUGAAAAGUAUGUUUUAUAUUUA